AUGGGGUGCAGGGGUGGGGGGUUCAGAAAUUCCUCCUGCAGAUAUCUGUUAUUCUUUCAUGCUCCUACAGUGGCUAAUGAUGCUCUUGAAGCUGAGCUCAUUGCUGUUUACUGGGCCCUUACAUUUGCACAGAAAAUAACAUGGCAAAAAGUGUGGAAUGAGGUAGACUCUUUACAGCUGAUCACCUUGCUUACCACUGAUCAGCUAUCCUCUUGGCAUCAUAUGCAAUGGAAGAAGAAAAUUGGCAAACUUUACAAGAAGUUCACAGUCCAAAUGUCUUUCAUAUAUAAAGAAGGAAACCAACCUGCUAAUUGGCUGGCCAGACAAGGAAUCUAUGCAAACUCCAUUUCUGUUGAUACAAGACCUCCUACCCCUCUUGCCCUCUCACUCCAUGGUGAUAAGCUGAAGACUCCUCACCUCAUACUCAAGACUAGUCAACUAAAAGAGAUUUAG